AUGCUCUGGUGCUAUCUGCACUUCUGCAUCGCCUCAUUGGCCAAGGGCAGGCGGAGCAGGACAGAGAGGGGAGGGGUUGACCAGGGUAGGGCGGACAUGGGGAGGGGCAGGCAGGGAGGGGGCGGACACAGGGAGGGGCGAAAAGACAAGAGGGCAGACGCGAGGGCAGAUGCGAGGGCAGACAAGAUGGCAUGCACGGACAGAAUUCCCUUGCUUCAUCCCGCCUCCCCACCCAUUCCCCAUUCUGCGCGCCUCUCCAGACCACCCCCUCCCAUCCACCAUGCCCUGACCCGCCACUGUGGCACAUGCGGUGGGUGGGCCCAGCACAGGCAGAUGCCCAAGGCCAGUCGCCCCCCCCCCUCUCCAAUCCCCCUCAUCCCUCUCAGCCCUUUUCUCCCCAUUGACACCUCCCUCUCUUCCUCUCAACCACCCCUCUCUUCCCUUAUCCCCCAUCCCCUGCUCCACAUCUCCCCCCGUCGUUCUCUCUUCCCCCACACCAAGCCUCCGCCUCCUCCUACCCACACCCCUCCUCCCUCUACCCUCGCCCCAUUCCCGCGAUCCCAACUCCCCCUGCUUGCUUCACUUCACCCCUUUGAUCACAAUCCCUUUUGCAUGCCCACCUCAGCCCGUUUUCCGCACCCCCCUUCAUCUAUAACUCUCCUCAACCCCUUCAUCUCCUCAACCCCUUCAUCUCCUCAACCCCUUCAUCUCCUCAACCCCUUCAUCUCCUCAACCCGUUCAUCUCCUCAACCCGUUCAUCUCCUCAACCCGUUCAUCUCCUCAACCCGUUCAUCUCCUCAACCUGUUCAUCUCCUCAACCCGUUCAUCUCCUCAACCCGUUCAUCUCCUCAACCCGUUCAUCUCCUCAACCCGUUCAUCUCCUCAACCCGUUCAUCUCCUCAACCCGUUUAUCUCCUCAACCCGUUCACCCCCCUCAACCCAUCCAUCCCCCUCAACCCAUCCAUCCCCCUCAACCCGUUCAUGCCCUCAACCGUUUGCCAUCACGAUUACGAUCGUGCCUCCUUGACCCGCUGCUCCGCCCGUCACUUCCUCCCCCCUUCCGCACCUACUUCCUCCCCUCUCCCUCUUCCCUCAGCCUAUAGCCAUCUCUUCGCCCCCCUCUCCCUCCUCCUCCCCUCCCCCGUUCGCCCCCUGGUCCACUGGGUGCGCCACGAUUCCCCCACCCCAUCACUCGUGUCUGCCACCCCAUCAUGCGCUGCGCACCACCUUCCCCCCUCAACCGCCCUUCCCUCCUCAACCGCCCUUCUCUCCUCAACCGCCCUUCCCUCCUCAACCGCCCUUCCCUCCUCAACCGCCCUUCCCUCCUCAACCGCCCUUCCCUCCUCAACCGCCCUUCCCUCCUCAACCGCCCUUCCCUCCUCAACCGCCCUUCCCUCCUCAACCGCCCUUCCCUCCUCAACCGCCCUUCCCUCCUCAACCGCCCUUCCCUCCUCAACCGCCCUUCCCUCCUCAACCGCCCUUCCCUCCUCAACCGCCCUUCCCUCCUCAACCGCCCUUCCCUCCUCAACCGCCCUUCCCUCCUCAACCGCCCUUCCCUCCUCAACCGCCCUUCCCUCCUCAACCGCCCUUCCCUCCUCAACCGCCCUUCCCCCCUCAACCGCCCUUCCCCCUCAACCGCCCUUCCCCCCUCAACUAUGCAAAUCAGUGACAUCCACCCUUUUCCCCUUGGAACUCCAUAUUUUUCCCAAUCGCCCUCCCUCGUUCCCCCCAUCGUCCCCCCCAUCGCUCCCCCAAGGGCUCACCGAAUUUCCUCCGGUCGUUGAGCCGUGCUUGCACCACCAGCGUGCCGUGCACCACCAGCGUGCCGUGCUUGCACCACCAGCGUGCCGUGAUUGCACCACCAGCGUGCCGUGCACCACCAGCGUGCCGUGCACCACUUUCCCCCCUCAACUGCCCUCUCCCCAUGAACCGCCCAGUACAGUGAUAUCCACCCCUUUCCUCCUGAAACUCCUAUCCUUCCCCCAACUGCUCCCCAUCGCUUCCCCCAUCUCUCCCCCCAUCGCCCCCCCCAUCACUCCCCCCAUCACUCCCCCCAUCGUCCCCCCCAUCGCCCCCCCCUCAUCGCCCCCCCCAUCACUCCCCCGUCGCUCCUCCCAUCACUCCCCCAUCGCUCCCCCCAUCGCUGCCCCCUUUCCCUCACCGAAGUUCCCCCGUUCGUUCAGCCGCGCCUGCACCACCAUCGUCCGGAGCAUCUCCGCCGCGUCCCGCGCGUCCCUCUCCAGCUCCGCCAGCCGCCGCUCGUCCGCCUCCCCGCGGUUCCCCUCGAAGUGCCCGCGCACCUCCGCGCGCCCUGCGGACUGCGCGUGCUGGUCCCCGGGGAAGGAUUUGCGGAUCGCGCGGAGCAACGUGCGGUAG